AUGCAGCUGUGUUUCUUGCAGGCCGCCGCCGGCCUAGCCCUCCUUUCUGUCGCUUCUGCCAACCUUCACGAUAGCUGCGCGUGUCACAACAGCGGCGAUCCCAACCUGCGUAUCACCGCGAAGGCAUGCGAGCUGUACGCCUCAAAGCAGCACCGGUGGGGAAAGGGCGACUUCGACGCCUCCUCUGGACAGUGCGUGAAGUCUACCGACAGCGACCAGAUCGCAGGGAAAGAGUGGGAGGCUGCCUGCCGUGAGGCUGCUGAUACCGGCUUCAAGUGCGCCGACGGGAAAGGGCUGUAUUGCAAAGCGCCCCCUAAUGAAGUUCGUGGGCGUUGCUGA